AUGCUGCCGUCCAUCGUCCCCCGUUUCCAGCAGAAGAUCAUGGAGCACCAGAUUGUGGCCAAAAGUCCCAAGCUUACAGCCAUGCUGGGCCAUCCUGCGGGGCCCUUUACUGUCCACUUCUGGGCACCCACCAUCAAGUGGGCCAUCUCCAUUGCCAACGUUGCCGAUAUGCGACGCUCGCCCGAAACUAUUUCAGUGGCUCAGCAGACGGCUGUGACUGCUACUGGUCUCAUUUGGUCACGCUACAGUACAGUCAUUACACCUAAGAACUGGAACUUGUUUGCUGUCAAUGUCUUUAUGGCUGGCACGGGUCUCGUGCAGUUUUAUCGCAAGUUCACAUACGAUCCAAAGCAGAAUGAAGACGGAGUCGAUUGA